UCUUUCAGGCGACGCUGCCAGCGUGACGUAUAAUCUAGUGGACGGUUCUUCAGAAACUGCUCGUCAACCACCUCGGUAGCUUGCUAGUCAACAUAGCUGAAAGAUUCAAGCUAUUUAGACGCUUUCGGUGUAUAUUAACUACUGUGUUUUAGACACACUUCUGUCGUAUCUACUUGUUAACCUAUUUAAUUUAAUAUUGCGUUAUUUUGUAUUAGUCAACUAUAGUAGCUGGCAGGUUAAGUUAGCACUAGCCUAGUCGCUAAUGAUAGCUAACUAACAUCCCGACCAUGAGCUCCCUAAACUACUCUCCUCCGGUUAAAGAAGAGGAGGUCUGCUGGACGGAGAAAGAGGGUCUGUGGCAGAUCAUUGUUGUGAAAGAGGAAAAGGAAGAGGAGGAUGUUACAGUAAAACAAGUAGAGGGUGAGGCUGUUACAGUGAAAGAAGAAGAGAAAGACGUUUCAGUGAAAGAAGAGGAAGACUCGUUCAGAGUGAAAGAGGAGGAUGUUACAGUAAAAAAAGAGGAGGAUGCAUUUUUUGGAGUGAAGAAGGAAGGGGAGAUUACUGUCACAUUGAAAGAUGAAGAGGAGGAGAUAGGAGAUCUGAUUAACACCAGAGAGAGACGGGACUAUCGUGGAUCCUCUGUGGAGCCUCAACAACAUUAUGAUGCUGAUGCGGCAGAGAAGAGUCUCUCCAGAUCAGAACACCUCAAAAUACAACAGCAGAGACCCACAGGGAAGAAAUCUCAUUGCUGCUCUGAUUGUGGGAAAAGAUUCAACUCUUCAUCAGACCUUAAAAUACAUCAAAGAAUUCCCACUGGAGAGAAACCUUAUGGCUUUGAUCAAUGUGUGAAGAGUUUUACUGGGUCAAGCUGUCUCACUAUUCAUCAGCGAAUACACACAGGAGAGAAACCAUAUAGCUGUGAUCAAUGUGGAAAGGUUUUCGGCACAUCUCGUGGUCUGACAAAACACCAGAGAACACACACAGGAGAGAAACCUUAUAUCUGUGAUCAAUGUGGGAAGAGAUUUACUCUGCUAAACAGCCUGAUAGUACACCAGCGUACACACACAGGAGAUAAACCUUAUAGCUGUGAUCAAUGUGGGAAGAGUUUUACUACAUCUAGCUAUCUAACUAUACACCAGAGAACACAUACAGGAGAGAAGCCAUAUAGCUGUGAUCAAUGUGGAAAGGUUUUCGGUACAUCUGGCUGUCUGACAAAACACCAGAGAACACACACAGGAGAGAAACCUUAUAGCUGUGAUCAAUGUGGGAAGAGUUUUACUCAGUCUACCAGCCUGACAUCACACCAGAGAACACACACAGGAGAUAAAGCGUAUAGCUGUGACCAAUGUGGGAAGAGUUUUGGUUCAUCUGGCCGUCUGGCAACACACCGGAGAACACACACAGGAGAGGAACCUUAUACCUGUGGUCAAUGUGGGAAGAGUUUUACUCAGUCAACCAGCCUGACAUCACACCAGAGAACACAUACAGGAGAGAAACCUUAUAGCUGUGAUCAAUGUGGGAAGAGUUUUGGUACAUCUGGCUGUCUGACAAAACACCGGAGAACACACACAGGAGAGAAAUCUUAUAGCUGUACUCAAUGUGGGAAGAGUUUUACUCAUUCAACCAGCCUGAUAUCACACCAGAGAACACACACAGGGGAGAAACCGUAUAGCUGUUAUCAAUGUGGGAAGAGUUUUGCUUCAUCUGGCCUUCUGACUGUACACCAGAGAAUACACACAGGAGAGAAACCGUAUUGCUGUAAUCAAUGUGGGAGAAGUUUUACUCAGCUAAGCAGCCUGGUAUCUCACCAGAGAACACACACAGGAGAGAAACCGCAUAGCUGUAAUCAAUGUGGGAAGAGAUACUCUGAUAAAAGAUCUCUGGUCAAACAUCAGAAAAUACAUGUUGUUUCAUGAUAUCAAUGAAAUAAUGUAGAAUGUUUUCAAUAUUGUGGAAGUAUUUUAGUCAUGUCACAAUAUAGAAUGUUUUAACAUUGUAGGAGCAGUAUUCUAAUGAUGUCACAAUGUAGAAUGUUUUAACAUUGUAGGAGCAGUAUUUUAAGGGAUGUCAGAAUGUAGAACCCUAAACGUUUGCUCUGAAUUGAAAUAGUACUAUUUAUGAGAUUUAACAAAAAUUGUCUAACUUGCGACAUGGAAAACUGAAAGUGAAAGUUGAUAAGAUGUCUUCGGGUCUUUUUUUCAAUGACUUGAAAACAACUUAAAUUCAACGUACUUGCAGCCAAUACACAUGGACGCAAUAUAAUAAAUUGGUCUAUAAUACAUUUUAUUAACAAUCUUACAUCACUCCAGCAUUUCUUUACAUCCAAGUGCCAAUUGUCUUUAUUCCAUUCCACAACUGAAGAAGAGUGAUACAAAUCACCUCAUAUUUCAAACAUCCAGCCUGACAAAAUAUACAUUUUUUAUCAGUCCAUGUUUACAAAGGGGUGUCCAUUUGCUUUUGAUAUUUCAUAUUUACAAUUCAUGUAACAUUUAGUAAUCAUAAUUAUUCAUGCAACCAAAUUACUAUUUUUUGUGUACAAUUAGAUUGGAAUUGUUAUCCUGCUUUUAGAAUAGCAGGGAUCAUUCUCAGAUGUUCCAACCCAAAUGUACUAGAGCAUGACAUUGGGGCUGGGCCCCGAUCCAACAACAUGUCUAUCGAGAUAUUGCAGGAGUUUGCUCUUGAAAUCAGACAUGACUAAUACAAUUUGAUUUGAGUUUUGUUUGGGCUCGUUCCAAGGGGAUGAGAGUUCUAGAAGCUAGUGAGUUCUACGAUUCUAUAGGAAGAAAAAGGAGAAAAAAA